GCACCUUGUGUUUGGAUUUUCUCCAGUGCUGUUCUCAUAUUUCUUCUGAAAGGUUGCAGUUCAUAGAGAGCUGUUGCUGUACAGUUGAGACAGAAGAAAUUGUCACCUCACAUUCCUGUUUGUCACCAUAUGAUGGCCACCAUGAUAAAGACAGCUGCAGGCUGUGGAGACGCCGGGAUGCAGAGCCGUGUUGAGGAUGUGAUGGCGCUGCUCCGCUACACUGCCGCAGCCAAGUGCAUGGAAGCUGCUGUCACUCAUUCUCGCCGAGGAGCAAUGCUGGCAGGCGGAGGUGCCUUUUUGGGGGGGCUGCUGGGAGGCCCGCCUGGAAUUUUUGUAGGAGGAGCAGUUGGUGGAUUGAUUGGAUGGCUCACCUCUGAAGAUUUCAAGUCCGUCCCUGAGAUUUUAAUGGAACUGCCUGCUGCUGAGAAGCAAAAACUCUGUGCUAAAACCAUGGCUGUUGUCAUGAACUUAAAUUGGACUGAUUCUCAUCACCUGAUUGAUCUUGUAGUAUCAAAACGUGCUCUUAUGGAGCAGGUUUUAGGUGUGCUGACCACUUACCUUACCAAGGAGCUAAAAGCAAAAGUAAGGUAUGGCAACUAA